CAGGCAUCGGCUAAGAAAUCAAGCACUCUCAACGCGGCAGUGGUUUCAGUUGUCGAGUGUCAAGGGUCCUCUGAGCAGAAGAUACCUAGACCUCCCUCCUUGCCCAGUGCCUGGUGAUGGAAGAUGAGGAGGCUUCACCUGUCCCUGCUACGGACCAGACCGACAAGCAGCCAGCAGAGAGCCAGUCUAAAGCCAGGCUAAAGGCCUACAAGUGGUUUACAGGCACCAAACAGAAUGCCAAGAGGUGCAAGGAGGAGGAGGAGGACGAUGGAGGGGAGGAGAGGGCAGAUGAAGGGGACUUGAAGGAGGAUGCUCAAGGUGCAGAGGCUCCCGUGCAGGAGGGUCAGGAGGAGAUGGCCUCUGACCCCGAGGGUACGAGGAGUUCCCAGCAGGAACAACCAUCCAAGGAUGAAGCCCAAGGCAAGAAGGACCAGCUCUCCAAGAAGACCGAGCCGGCCAAGUCGGUGAGAGGUCCGGGGCGGAACCUGCGGAAGGUGAAGUCGGACUCGGCCGAAAGGAUCCGGAGUUUCCUGACCUCGGUCUCCAAUCGCCUGUCCAGGAAACGUUCUCUCCAGGAACCCAUGCAGGUGCCGUCUCACCAAGAUGAAGUUGAGGCAGGGGUGGAGGGCUCCAGCCAAUCUCCUCCCAUUUCGUUGGUGCCUUCUGCUAGAGUGCCAGUCUGGGACGUCAACAACUGCACGCUGGUCGAUGGUCAACUCCUGCUGAUGUCUCGGGACGAUGAGAACUACAGGUCUCGGCUCCGGACCGGCAGCUCAAUGUCGGAGGUCAGCUUCACCCCCUCACACCCCUGGGAUCCACCGUCUGGGAAGAGGAGUCCCCCAGCAGUGCGGAAACCCGAACGGAUCGGAGCUUCCAGCGAGGGCCCAGUAAACAACGUGAAGAAUCUGAUCAGGAAAAGAUGGAGGAAGAAAAGUCGGAGCCAGGCCGAAGCACCCGAGUCUCCGCACGGCAAGAGCACCAGAAGGCAGAGCAUCCAGAAGCUGGGGGAGGCUGUGUCCUACGAGUCUUUAUCGGGGCCUUUGAACCCCAUCGAGACACUCAACCUGUCGAAUGAGACGAACGUCAUCAUCAGGAAACUCCACAGUAGCAUCCUUGGUGAGAAGUACUGCUUCGAGGUCAUUAACUCAAGGGGGAGUCGUUGCUUUGGCUGCUCAUCCGCAGAAGAGAGAGACAAAUGGAUGGAGAAUCUGCUUCGAACUGUCCAGCCCAACAAGGACAACCGCGAGAGAGUGGAGAACAUGCUGAGCUUGUGGGUGAAUGAAGUGAAGGACCUGACUCCCAGGAAGAAGUACUUCUGCGAGCUGCAUCUUGACGGCUGCCUCUACGCCCGCACCACCAGCAAGCUCAACGCCGACGAGCUCUUCUGGGGCGAGCACUUUGAGUUCAACAACCUGCCCCCCGUCCGGGAGGUCACCCUCCACCUCUUCAGGGACGAGGACAAGAAGAGGAAGGAGAUGAACGCCUUGGGCUCCGUCACCCUCCCUCUGGCGGAGGUGACGGGACGUCAGCACACGGAGAGGUGGCACAGCAUCAGCGUGCAGGCCGUCAACAAGGGCAAGGUGGUCCUCCCCACCAUCAGGCUCAGCCUGCGCUACCAGAACAUCAAGGUCCUUCCCAUGAUACACUACAAGGAGUUUGCCGAGUAUCUCAUCUGCAAACACACCACCCUGUGCACCGUGCUGGAGCCAGCCCUGAAGGUGAAGGAGAAGGAGGAGGUGGCCUCGGCUCUCGUUCAUGCCCUCCAAGGUGUCGGCAAAGCCAAGGACUUCCUCAUCGAGUCGGGGAUUGCGGAGGUCCAUCGGUGCGAGGAGAAUCACUCCGUGCUCUUCAGAGAAAACACCUUGACCACCAAGGCCAUUGAUGAAUUCAUGAAGCUGGUGGGGCAGAAGUACCUGGUGGAAACUCUUGGAGACUUUGUAACACGACUCUACAAUCCUGAGGAGAAUUACGAAGUGGAUCCGAACAAGUGCUCGGCUAAUGAUGUUUUGGAAAACCAGUCGAAUAUGAGAGAGAGCUGUGAAGAAGCAUUUCACCAAAUCAUAGACUCCCAGUGUGCCUUUCCCGACGAGCUGAGGCAGAUAUUUGCGGCCUGGCUGCGAGAGUGUAUCAACCGAGGGAAGCCGGACAUCGGACAACGCAUGAUAUGCGCCUCGCUCUUCCUGCGAUUCCUCUGCCCGGCCAUCAUGUCCCCCAGCCUCUUCAACCUGACCCAGGAGUACCCCAAUGACAGCACCGCCCGGACCCUCACCCUCAUCGCCAAGGCCAUUCAGAACCUGGCCAACUUCACCACGUUUGAAGACAAGGAAGGCUACAUGACCUUCAUGGAUGACUUCCUGAGGUCAAACUGGGAAAACAUGAGGAUGUUCCUGACGAACAUCUCCAAUUCAGAGCCAAGCAUGAAUGCCUCGGAGUUUGAAGGUUGCAUCGACCUAGGCCUGGAACUUUCCAUCCUGCAUUCCCUUCUCUGUGACAUUGUCCCACGCCUGGACCAGACCGAACUCCACAAGCUGCAGCCUCUCCCUGCUAUCCUGAAUGGCAUCACUCACUCCAUGGGGGACACAGGUGCACCUCUGAUACAUCACCAGGAGCUCAGCCCGUACUGCCGGGUGGACAAGCCGACCUACGUGGCGCCCAAGGACGUGAACCAGGUCAGCGCGUCGAUGCUGAGCCUGCAGAGGUCCACGGUGGAGGAACAUCAGCACGUGAGCAGGUUGACAAAAAGCAGCGCGGCUACGGUUAAACGCACCCAGAGCGCGCCGGCACGGAAGAGACCCUGCGUGUCGCACCAGUCGCCUGGCUGUCAGCCCAGUCCAGACCUGGGGGAGCACGCCGACCAAGACACCAUCACCAGCCUGCCAGACCGGCAAUACAGCACCCUGACCAAGAUGCCCUACUCUGGCACCCACUCGCUGAGGUCACCGCGCUCCCGAUUGCACGCCAGCCCACAGCCGAAAAUGCAGACCCAUCAUCCCCGCCUAAUGCCGGUCGAUUCAUUCAGAAAGUCCCAAGUCCCGUGGGAGCGUAACUCUGGAAUCGAGAAAUGGUCCUCGCAAAUGGAGUCUGAGAGUCAAGGCAGCAAACCCUUUGAGAAGUACGAGCAAGACAUCGCCAGUUUGCAGACAACCGUGGGGACAAUCGCCCAGGACCUGAAGGAGCUCGGAAACCGCAUUAGCAAACACCUCGAGCAAACGCUUCAAGAAAGUGAGGAGAAGCAGAGAAAGGAACUGAAGGAAAAGGACCAAUUGAUCUCAAAUCUCACCAGCAGGCUUGACGCAAUAGAAGAGGAAAGAAAAAAGGACAUUGAUAAGUUAGAAAUCACUGCCGAGAAUAAGAUAGCGUGUUUGGAAAGUCGCCUCCUAUCGAUGGAACAGCGGCAUGCAGAGCUUCUGAAGGCCGUGGGCGGGAUGAGGGCCAACCAACAGCCAGCAACCUCCAGCCAGGGUGCUCGUACAGAUACCACAUCCCAGGCUCCGACCGGCCCUGGUCUACCACCUCCACCCGGACCCAAGACACAACCGGAUACCACCGACAAUCAGAUCGUGGAGAAUGGCCAAGUCGAGAACGGCCCUGUAUAAAGACUUUCCUCAACCCCAAAACUCUGUUUGUUCUCCUGUGUACAAGACGACGUGUGAAAUAUCAAAGCAAAAAAUUCCUGCUCAUUCAUAAUUCUCCCAUAUCUGUGCACUCUUUAAAAGUUUGCAUUGCGUAUGAGGGCCGGACCUUGGAUAAAGCCUUCCCUAUAUUAUUGAGUAGGUUGACAAGCUUCCUUGGUGUCAGAGUGUGUGGCAGAGAGAUGCACCAAUCUCUGGUACUACUUAGGAAUGAGGUUCAAGUUUAGGGUUAACCAUACAGGAAGUCCCAUAACGUACACACCACAGGAACAGGUCUCACAACUGGACGUUUGUACUCUGGUUGAAUGUCCUCCGUCCCCACAUCAAAUCCAUUGUUUAAUUUAGUUUAGUUUAUAGACACAGCGUGGAAACAGGCCCUUCGGCCCACCGCGUCCGUGCCAACCAGCGAUCC